AUGGAACCAAAGGUGAAUGUUCUGGGGGUAUUAUUGGUAUUAACCAUCUUCUACACUCCGAUCAUCGUCUUCGCCGGCGAGGGUGUACCGGAUGUAGCGCUAUUCACUUUCGGAGACUCUAGCUACGACGCCGGAAACAAAGAGUUCCUCAAAGUGUGGCUCAAGGCAGGCCAAAUUAAAUUUCUUCCCCAAUCCCUGUGGCCUUACGGCAAAUCCCGCGACGACCCCAACGGCAAGUUUUCCGAUGGCUACAUCGUCCCUGACUUUAUCGCUGACUUCAUGUCUAUCCCGAACGGAAUCCCGCCGGCGCUUAAACCGGGCGUUAACGUUUCACGUGGAGCUAGCUUUGCCGUUGCCGAUGCUUCUAUUCUUGGGUCUCCGGUGGAAUCUAUGACGCUAAACCAGCAAGUGAGUAAAUUCAAAAAUAUGAAAUCAAGUUGGACCGACGACUACAUCGAAAAAUCACUGUUUAUGAUCUUCAUUGGUACGGAAGAUUAUUUGAACUUUACCAAGACCAAUCCCACUGCAGACGCUUCUGCUCAGCAAGCUUUUGUCACUUCGGUCAUUAACCGAUUAAAAAACGAUAUCGGCUUGUUAUACAGCUUGAGAGCGAGUAAAUUCGUGGUGCAAUUGUUGCCACCAUUGGGAUGCUUACCAAUCGUGAGACAAGAUUACAAAACCGGGAACGAAUGUUACGAGCCACUUAACGAUUUGGCUAAACAACACAACGCCAAAAUCGGUCCCAUGUUAAACGAGUUUGCUAAUACCUCCUCCGGUUUUCAAUUCACCGUAUUCGAUUUCUACAACGCCCUUCUUCGCAGGACACAAAGACUUAACUACAGAUUCCUCGUGACAAACUCAUCGUGUUGCGGUGUUGGGACACACAACGCGUACGGUUGCGCAUUUUCAAAUGUGCACGUGAAGCUAUGUGAGUACCAAAGAUCUUACCUCUUCUUCGACGGACGUCACAACACUGAGAAGGCUCAAGAGGAAUUUGCUCAUCUUCUAUAUGGAGCCAACCUGAACGUGAUCCAGCCAAUGAAUAUCCGUGAGCUAAUAGUCUACCCAGUUGGAACUAACAUGCGUGAGUAUUGGGAGCCUAACAAGUCGUCGAUCCGUCGUCGUCCACCUACCGACUCCUACGUCGGUUUCUCGGCUUAUUAG